AUGUCUGUCACAUAUCUAUGGAAGCAAAUACUAUUUCAUUCGUUACUUAUCAUUUUAAUCAUACUCCCGUUGAUUGAUAGUGGCGAUAUAAAACAAUUGACGUUUUGUAAACAAAAAUCAUCCCGCAGUUUAUUAUUUGUGAGUACAUUAGAUGGGAAGUUGUUUGCUUUGGAUGCUAAUAAUCUUGGGAAAAAACAAUGGACCUUAGAUUUUAAUGAAGGACCUAUGUUAUCAUCAAGUAUUCAUAGUAGAGAACUUAAUAAUAAUGGGCAAUGGGUUCGUCUAAUUCCAUCUUUAAGUGGUGGAUUAUAUAAAUUUGAUGGAGAACAUUUAGAAGCAGUGCCAAUAUCUGCAAACCAAUUAUUACAUUCAUCUUUUCAUUAUUCAGAUGAUUUAGUAUUUUCUGGUGGGAGAGAAGUCAAAUCUUAUGGUGUUUCGAGUACUACAGGAAAAAUUUUAUAUGAAUGUGGAAUUAAUGGUUGCAUGAAUAUCACAGAAGGAGAAACUUAUAUUGAACAAGAAGUACUUGUUGUUCGGAGAUUUCAACAAACUGUAAGAGCAGUUGAACCACGCACUGGUAUUGAAAGGUGGAACUUCAGUGUUGGUCAACAUGAUUUAGUACUGACUCCUCACUCUGAUGUAUACUGUCAAAAUGAAAUUGCAUCUCACAUUCUAAAUAUUGAAAUUAAAGUUGUUGUACCUGAUGGUUUAAUUUGGGCUGUUAAUAAAGACAACCCUACAGUAAAGUUAUGGCAACAGAAGUUUGAUUCUCCAAUUACUACUAUAUGGCGUGAAAAUACAAAUGCAAAAGCUAGUGGUCACAAAAAUUUGAAGGAAAUUAACUUAUUUGAUAGUACACAGUGGUCUUGGGGUACAGAAUUUUCAGUCAGUCCAGGUAUUUAUUUGGGUAUGCACAAUGGGCAGUUAUAUAUACAAGAAAAUGCAGAACUAUAUAAAUCAUUGGAAGCAUCACCAAGAUAUAUGCAGCAUUCAAAAUACCCAUGGCAACAUUAUCCUGCAAUUGGUAAUGCAAUUACAAAAUCUCUUUCAAAUCCAACAACUGAUAAUAAUGGUUAUGAUGCUUUGCUUGAAAUAAGUGAUGUUCAAAGCACCACUGCAUUAUCAGUUUUGUAUAAUUCGGACUAUGUAAAUGGAAAUUAUAGUUUUUAAUUUUUAAAAUUAUUUUUAAAAUUAGAUAAUAACAAACAAUGUAAUCAUACCAAUCCAAAUUUAAUGCUUAUUGAAGAGCAAAAAUCGUUUGGAGCACAUAAUACUCAUGAAGAGGAUGAUGAUACUCCUGUUCAAAUUAUAAUCGUAUCUUUGUGGUAUUGGUGGAAAGAAGUUGUAAUUAUUUCAAUUACCACUGCAAUCUUACUUAAUUUUAUGCUAACACAACGUUUAUUAAACGCUACAACAGUUGCCAAAGAUGCAGUGCUUCCGCCCUUAAUAGUUGAGAGACAUAUAGAGACAACUAAAAACAAUCAAGUAACUAAUAAUGAAAAAGAGAUUGAUAGUUUUAAAUCACGUUAUCUCACAGAUUUCGAACCAGUAGAUUGUUUAGGAAAGGGAGGCUAUGGUGUUGUUUUUGAAGCAAAAAAUAAAAUAGACGAUUGUAAUUAUGCUAUUAAAAGAAUUGCUCUACCAAACAGUACAUAUUCAAGAGAACGUGUAAUGCGAGAAGUAAAAGCAUUGGCUAAAUUGGAUCAUCAGAAUAUUGUAAGAUAUUUCAAUGCAUGGCUUGAAUGCCCACCUGCAGGAUGGCAAGAAAAACAUGAUCCUCAGUGGAUAAACAAAUUAAUGCUUCCAAAUUCAGAAUUUACAUCAGAACCAAUUCACGCAGAAACGAAAGGUAACAAUUCUGUUUGUAUUAAUGUCAGUCAAACUGAUCAAUCAUCAAUAGACAGUGCUUGCGAGGCUUAUGAUCUGAAUCACGAUUCAGAUGAAGAUUCCUUUAUUGUGUUUAAAAAAACACACACAAUUGGUCAGAAUGAAAAUGUAAUUAAUAUUAGUAACUGUAGUAAUGAAAUUUCUGAUUCAUCACAUACGAAUAACGCGAUGGAGAAAGUAUUAUUCGAUACUAAUGAUUCUACACAUUCUGAAAGUAUUGUCUUCAAAGACACAGACAGUAAAUAUUCAGAAAUAGAAGAGAGCAGAAACCGACAAAGAUCGUUCUCUUUAGAUUUGAAUAAUAAAUCAAAUACAUAUAAGUCUCCAAAAAUGUUCCUUUAUAUACAAAUGCAGCUGUGCCAAAGGCUAAGUCUCAGAGAGUGGUUAAAAAAUCAGUCAAUGCGAGAUUAUGGUCGUGUAUUAAAUAUAUUUCAGCAAAUAAUUGAAGCUGUAGAAUAUGUUCAUUUACAAGGACUCAUUCAUCGUGAUUUGAAGCCUUCGAAUAUAUUCUUUUCUUUCGAUGAUAAAAUAAAAGUUGGAGAUUUUGGUCUUGUAACUGCAAUGACAGAAAGCUAUAAUGAAGCCCACACUCCUCCAUCGGAAAACGAAACUAUUACAUUUAAAAACAGUUUACACACCGCAUAUGUCGGUACUCACCUUUAUAUGUCUCCUGAACAAAUAAAUGGCCAGGGAUAUAAUUAUAAAGUUGACAUCUAUUCCUUAGGAAUAAUUUUAUUCGAAUUACUUAUUCCAUUUGUUACUGAAAUGGAAAGAAUAGUCACCCUUAUUAAUUUAAGGAAAUCAGUAUUUCCAAAAAAUUUCAGUAAUGCUCAUCCUGCAGAGUAUGAUUUAUUGAAUAUGAUGCUGGAUGAAAAUCCUAACAACAGACCUACUACUUUAGGCAUUAAAGCAAGACCACCGUUAUUAAAUUAUGAAACAGCUAAUGGUCUUGCUGCAAAUACAGAUACGAAGUGGCAUUUUGAACUGCCUCAAUUGUUCCGAAAUUCCUCAGUGAUUACCAGUAGUAGUAGUAGUGAAUCCUGGGAAAACAUAAAUUGA